AUGCUUCCAUUCGUCCGUCGAUCUAAGUCCAGACCGCCUCAUUGGCUCAUCACCAGGUUCAAAUCAGACGUCAACUCCAACAAACACUUACAACCAAGGAAACAAACCAAUAAUAACAAUACACCAGCACCUGCUUCAGACACUUCAUCAACUUCGUCAUCGUCCAAAGCAGCACCAGCUCCAUGGACUUCCCAAACAUCUGUUUCUCAUCUUCUUAAGAAGAAUACCAAGCCAUACGUUCCCAAAUUGAAGCAUGACCGGUUGACGUACGAAUACCCCGGUCUUCCUAACAAAGACGAAUACACCACUAAAAUAAAGCCUACCAAAACCACAACCAGAUGGUCAAGAUACCUUCCCAAGAUGUUGGGGGUUCUUGUGUUGGUUUGGGGUGGGUAUACUAUCAAAGUGUGGUUCUAUCCCCCAGAUGAAGGAGGCGAAGAUGCUCGAGAACUCUUAAGUCCUAACAAGUUCCACAAGUUCAUCAUUACCCAUAAGGAACAAAUCGAUGAUGAUCAUUUCCUCAUUGAAAUCCAACCUAAAUAUACCCAUUGGCAAUAUAGUUAUAUCCUGAAUUAUGAAUCCAAAACCAUUUGGAAUGGUGAUAGAAUUUGGUCUGUUGAAGUGAAACACCCGGACAUCUCUGUGGUGCGGAGUUAUACUCCCUUACCCUUUUACUUUAUGAAAUCAGAAUACACUAGAAGAGGUGAACGGAAACCCAUGUUGAGAGUCAUCCAUAACGAGAACGUCGACUAUGACAUGAAUGGAGUCAUGACGUUGUAUGUUAAAAGGUACAAUGAUGGGGAAGUAUCAAGAUACAUUACCAGCAAAAACAUUGGUGAAGAAAUAGAAUUAAGAGGCCCUUAUGAAGAAUACAAGUUCCCCUAUCAUCCCGGGAAGAAGUAUCAUCAAAGACCCACUUUUAAAGAUUUACCUUCCCAUAUUGAAUCGGAACAUAUGGCUGAAAGAGCCAGACAAUUGAACAGGGUUCCCAAAUAUGAUAACAUCACCUUCUAUGGUGCUGGUACAGGAAUAGCUCCAUUAUUGCAAUUGGUCUUCUCUAGAAAUCCAUACAGAGGAUUUAUUACUGUUCAUUAUUCCGCUCAGAAACCUGGAGAAUUGAAGCCUUUUGAAAGGUAUUUGUUCUUCUUGGAAAAACUUGACCGAGUCAAAUUAAACUAUCAUUAUGACUCGGAACCUUCAUCCAAGUUAAAGCAAAGUGACAUCGAGAAGCCCGGGAAACCUCAUUUUAUCACCGAUAAGCAGAAACAAGAGAUGAAUAAGUUGACUGAGACUGAACAAUUGAAAUAUAGACUUCAAUUAUUGGAACAAGAUCAAGGUAAAGUUCAAGAUCAGGAUCAGCAGUCAAACCUAACUAGAGGCCCAAGAUACGAAAAUGCUCUUCAAUAUGCUCAGGUUACUUCGAAGCUUCUUAAGGAUGCUUCCUCUUUUGCAAUAGUAUGUGGUCCUCAAGGGUACAUGGAGUAUGUGUGUGGCUCCAAGGUGUUGAAUACUGGAGAGCAAGGUCCUGUUGAAGGUCUAUUGGCCAAGAAAGGGUGGAAUUCUGCCAAUGUCUUUAAGUUGUGA